AUGUCUGAGGAUAUUUUAUUGGAAGAGGACAUUUGGGAGUACAAAUCCAUUCGGAAGCAAAAGCAUCAGCGUAAUUCAGAGACCAUCUCUACACCUGUGCAGAAAGUGAAUGAUGAGAAGUGCAGGCCAAAAAGAAAGAGAAAUAGAAGUAAAAAAAACACUGCAGAAAAAACUAGUACGCUUCAGCAAACUGAGCAGAAAUCAAGGCCAAAUCAGGAUGCAGAUCACUGUAAAGAUGACAGUAGUGUGCACUUCCAGGAAAGCCUGAGUAGCCUGACAGAACAGAGCUCACAAAACGCAAAGCCUGCUGAUGAAGGAUACUGUCCAAGCUGCCAGAUGCCUUUCUCUUUGCUAGUGGUCCAGACACCUCGAUGGCAUGUUGCUGAAUGUUUGGACACUCCAGGAUCCAUUGAAAAAGAGUGUCCUGAUGGUUUGCUGUGCACUUCCACCAUUCCAUCCCACUACAAGCGUUACAGCCAUUUCCUACUUGCAGCAAGCAGGGCAGGAGAUUAUCUUGCAAACUCUUCAGCAAACACUUUGGAGAGCAAGAUGACAUGUUCUACUCCUACAAAGCCCAGAUGUUCCCCAAGUCAUGUAGAGGAAAUCUCACAGGAUGUUAAACCAUCUAAUAAUGUAAAAAAUGUCCCAAAUGAUGACUGUACAUGGAUGGUACGGAGUUCACCACAAGUGAAGUCUCUAAAUAUGACCAGUGAAAGUACUUCCUCUUUUGCAGAUGUUCAGAAGCCUCAACAGACAUUUCAGCUUACUCAGACCGCAGAUAAUAGCUGUAAAUUUGAAUUUUAUGACUUUGCAUCCUCUCAAGGAAGUGAAACAAGAGAAGAUCUGUGUAGUCAGAAAGAUGCGAGUCAGCCAAGUCUACUACUGUCAAAAGCUGACUUCAGUGACUGUGAAAUUUCUUAUUCUCCACUGAGUACUUUUGAGGAAAGUGAAGAGGAAACUGAGGAAGAGGAGAAGAAAAUAAAAACAUCACAAAGUGAAUUAUUUGAAGUCCAGAACUUUGAAGAUGAAGAAUCUAAUUCUAUGGUGUUCAAAACAUUUGAUGGAGUUUUCUUACUGCAGAAUCCUCAGUAUGAGCAUACCAAAGUGGGAAAUAUCAUCAUUAAAAAAAGGCACAGUGGAGAAGUAAAUACAUUGAAACAUCUAAAUCAUCACACAGCUGUUUCUCAGGGUCACAUGAACAGCAAGUUUUGUAGUUCAACAUGUGUAGAUAAUCAGCAUCAACAGGAGGCCCUAGCUGGGGGAUCCUCUUUUAAUUGCAAGGAGGUGGAACGGCUAGAACUUACUUCCUGUGCUGCUAGAGCAGGUAAUGUGGAGUCAGAAGAUAUUGGUGCUUUGGAUUCUGCAUAUGUGAGUUUUACUGAGACAUCCUUGCUGCUAGUCAGAGAAGAUGCUGGGUCUCUUCUGACACAGAAAAGUAACAUUUUAGCUAAUACAGAUAAAAUUACUGCCAAUGCAACUGAAAAAAGAGCUCACCAGGAGAGUCUGCAGUCAGUUGUAGAAAAAGAAGGAAAUCUUGAUACAGCUGCUGUGUGCUUUCCCAGCCCUAUCUCUAAAAUUGGGUCGUCAUCUUCUUCAGCAAGUAUGAAUGCCAAAUCCAGUCCUGCCAAAGUACUCAAACAAAUGGACAUUGGUGUUUUCUUUGGGUUAAAACCCAAAGUAAAAGAGGAAAGCAAAGGAGAGACGUGUUUGAGUGAGGGAAGGCAGUUAUCAGGUUCAGUAACUCCCAAUGGGAAGAGGCCCAGACAGCAAAAAAGGAAAGCUGAAGGGUCUGUGGAAGAUGUACAAGCAGUUACAGAAAGUUCAAGUAAAAAUGGAACCUUUCCAGAUCUAAGUUCUGGUGGCCAACAGAGGUGGAGAAAAAAAAAAAAGGAAUUACCUACUGUAGGUGAAGGAACAAGAAAAAAAUACUGCCCAUUCUACAAGAAAAUACCAGGAACUGGUUUUACAGUUGAUGCCUUCCAAUAUGGAGAAAUUGAAGGCUGCACAGCAUAUUUCCUUACUCAUUUUCACUCUGAUCACUAUUGUGGGCUAACAAAAAACUUCGCAUUUCCAAUCUACUGUAAUAAGAUAACUGGCAACCUGGUGAAGAGCAAACUUCGAGUCCAAGAACAGUACAUCCACGUGCUGCCAAUGGACACAGAAUGUGUAGUAGAUGGGAUCAAAGUGUUGUUGCUUGAUGCCAAUCAUUGUCCAGGUGCAACAAUGAUCCUUUUCCGCCUGCCGAGUGGAACUGUUAUUCUGCACACAGGAGAUUUCAGGGCAGAUCCUUCGAUGGAGCGCUACCCUGCUUUGGUUGGCCAACAAGUCCACACCCUUUACCUUGAUACCACGUACUGUAGUCCUGAAUAUACUUUUCCUUCUCAACAAGAGGUUAUCCAGUUUGCUGUCAAUACUGCCUUUGAGACAGUGACUUUAAACCCACGUACUCUAGUUGUCUGUGGCACCUAUUCCAUUGGAAAAGAGAAAGUUUUUUUAGCUAUAGCUGAAGUUCUGGGCUCAAAAGCAAGUAUGUCUCGUGAUAAGUACAAGACACUGCAGUGCUUGGAGUCAGCAGCUGUUAAUUCCCUUAUCAGUAUGGACUGGGAUGGUACUUUGCUUCAUGUUCUUCCCAUGAUGCAAAUUAAUUUUAAGGGCUUGCAAGAUCACUUGAAUAAGUUUUCUGAUAAUUUUGAUCAAGUUCUGGCUUUCAAACCUACUGGAUGGACCUACUCUGAUUCAUGCCUUUCUCUGGUGGAUAUCAAACCUCAAACAAGAGGAAAAAUCACCAUAUAUGGGAUUCCUUACAGUGAACACAGCAGUUACCUGGAAAUGAAGCGUUUUGUUCAAUGGCUGAAGCCACAGAAAAUCAUCCCUACUGUAAAUGUUGGUGACUGGAGAGCCAGAAGCUUGAUGGAGAAGCAUUUCAGAGACUGGAUGAUUGAGAAUAUUAGGCAUAAAUAAAUAUAAGGAAGAAUGUAUAUUUCAAAAGAGGUAGGCUGGAAUGGGAACUGUGAUUUCCUCUGAACUGUGUUUUAUCUCCUUUUUCCACAGAGCUUUCUUUAGG